GGGUGAGCUGAUCGCGCUCGCGUUCCGUUCCGACAACGACACCUACACCGAAAAGCAGAGAAAAUUAAGAAGAAUAGAAAAUCUGGGAAGAAGAUAAAAUAUACAGUGGUGCUGAAAUCAAAUACGGCCAGCAAAAUUGGCAUUUAGCGAGCUUCAAGCCAAUUGAAUUAUGUCGGGCGACGUACAGCCACGAAAGCGUAAGGAUAAGCGCAAAAGACGUGAUGAUCGCAAAUCGGAGGGCGAUGUCACCAUACUGCGCCAGUCCAGCUUUCAAGAUGACGACGACUCGUCUUCCCAUGGCGUGCAUAUCACAAAGAUGGGAAACGAUGAUGUGCAUUUGCACGUGCAGCAUCAACAUGGAACUGGCGGGCAUUGGUGUGCCAAGAUUAUAUUCUUCUCCCUAAUGGCAGUGCUGCUAGGACUGGUGGGUCUGAUUAUAAUGGAAAAUCGUGGCAUAGAGGACUUGGAUACACCCUUAUCGGAGUCACGUUAUUCCAACUAUUUUGAUGGCUGGGUGGAGGAGCAUCGUGCGGAGGAGCACGAUGAACACGAUGAGCAUUUGUCAUCACAUGAAGCUGCUCUGGAUGAACAUGACGAUGAACACGAUGAUGAAGUGGAAGAGCCAUAUGAACAGCAAUCAGGCGAAGCAGAGGAAGCAGAGCAAGAACAUGACGAAGAUGAUGAGGAAGACGAGGAGGAGGAAGAGAAUACUGCCGCUGAAAAUGUAACAGCUGAGGAUGAUGAUGAAAAAGAUGAGGAUGAUGACAUAGAAGAGUCUGUAGAUAGAACUCAAUCCUUGGCCGAUGAUGCUGAAGAGGAGGAAGAAGAAGCUGAUGAGGAGGAGCAGGAGGAUGCAGAUGAUGACAUUGAAGAGUCCAUUGAGCCAAUCGCAUCCAAGUCAAGAGCUCAGAGUGCGCCCGAAACAGUUGAAGAAGAAGAUGAAGAAGAUGAUAAUAUUGAGGAGGAAGAGGAAGAGGAGGAUGAAGACGAGGAGCAAGCAGAAUCUAUUGAGCCAACGAUUUCAAAAUCUCAGGCUGCUGAUGAUGAUGAUGAUGAACAGGAUAAUGAUGAGGAUGCUGCGGAGGAGGAGGAUGAAGAGCUUGAAGAAUCUGCGGAGCCAGCAGCACAAAGUGUUCCCGAUGAUGAUGACGAUGAAUUCGAGCAGGCUGACAAUGAUGAAGAUGAAUUCGAAUCCCUCGAUCAAGAUGUCGAUACUCAGACUGAGCAGCUAAAAGCCAAGGAAGUGAAUGCUCAGGCAGCUGAAGAGAACAUUGAGGCAGUUACAACCACAUCCUGGCUGGGCUCACUUGCCGUUAAAUUUGGCGUUGGCAUUGCACUUGCCCUUGUUUCACGCCUUGUAUUGAUACGGAAUAAUCCAAAUACAAUCAAAGCUUUGUUAAAACUCUUAAACAAUAUGCGCCAAUCCGAUGAGCAACAGCCGACGCCGGAGACUCAAAUGAGACGCCGUUUGACCAUUGCCACAGCCGAGGAUCAUAUACCCGAUGAUGAUACGGAGGAGCUGCCGCCGUUAGAUGAUGAGGCGUAUUCAGAGGAGGAAAUCGAAAUCGAGGAGGAAAUCGAGGUGGAGAGCAGCGAUAUAGAGGAAAGCAAUGAUAAUGUUGCUCUAACGGCCAGCUAUGUGCCGGAGACUUUUGAGCAGCUGAAUGCCAUGUUCCGGUCCAAAACGGAGUCGCAGCCAAGCGCGAAGGAGUCAAAGAGAGAGCCGGAACCACAACCGGAACCGGAGGAGGAGGCAGAGCGAGAACCGGAAACUGAACCAGAAGCCGAAGGAACAGCUGCCUCAGAUAUUUAUGUGGAAUACGAGGAUGGAGACAUUGAGGAUUACGAACACGACGACAGCGAAGAUGAUGAUGAAUUGAUCAGCGAUGAGGAGGAGGAUGAAAUCUCCGAUGUGGAUGAUGCUGACCUAAUGAGCCGCUUGGAGGCCAAAUAUGGCCGAUUGCCAGCCAAGGAAUACGAAAGCGAUCCUGAUUCCGACGAUCCGUCCUGGACACAAAUUAAACCCAAGGAGCCAACUGGAGCCAAGUCGGUUGAGGACGAACUAUUCGAGCAAGAGCUGCGCCAAGCUCAAGCCGAAAUGAUCAAUGAGAACCAUGCGAAUGCUCUGCGCGCCUUUAACACGCUCACACACACAUACGCACACAAGCCGUUGGCUCAUUUAAGGCGGGCGCAGGCGCUGGAACGGAUCGCCGAGCUGCGCCGCAGCAAUCAGCUGCUUGUGGAUGCUGUUGAGUCCUAUAAGCGAUAUUUGGCUUUCAAUGAAUCGAUAACAAAUUUCGACUAUCGCACGGCUGGCGAACGUUGCAUUGAGCAUAUGCGGUUUCUGGGUCAGACACAGCCGGCGGUUGUUAUACACGAGCUGCUCAUCGAGCGUUAUCCGGAUGAGGUGCAGCUGCGCAAUCAGCUAUCGCUUACCUAUCUAAUGUCCAAUAAUUUGCUUAAGCUGCAGCAGGUCGCGCGCGAUACGCUCAAGCGCUGGCCACGGGAUCCCUUGGCGCAGCUCUACUUUGGCCUGACGCUCAAACAGGUCGAUGGCGACUAUGCCCAGGCACUGCACUAUUUACAGCGAGCCAUAGAUUCGCAGGCGGCGGGCACUCAGGAGCCGUACUUCUAUCUAGCGCUGGGCGAGACGCUGCAGCGUCUAGGCAAACAGGCUGAGGCCUUGCAGCUAUAUGCGCGCGGUGUGAAGAGGGGAUACUUUGCCAGCGUCUAUCAGCGUUCGCUCUACAAUGUGCCGCGACUGCGUGCGAAACCCUUUUGGCAAAUUGCAGACACCGAUCAGGCCCAGGAGCUGAAGCAGCUGCAGCAGAACUGGCGUUCCAUACGCAACGAGGCGCUGGCGUUGCUCAAUGUCGAAGGCAAUUUUCAGCUGGAGGCGGAGCAGCUGCGCGACACGGGCAACUGGCAGCAAUUCGAGCUUUACGCCCGUGGGCAGCGGCUACAUCGCAACUGCCAGCGAGCGCCCAUCACGUGUGCGCUGCUCGAGAAGCUGCCAGCUGCCAGCGGCUGUCGACGUGGCCAGAUCAAGUUCAGCGCCAUGCAUGCACAGACUCAUGUCUGGCCACACUGCGGACCCACCAAUUGCCGACUGCGUGCGCACCUCACGCUGGUGGCGCCGGAGCCACACUUAACUAGUCUUCGGGUGGCCGAGCAAGAGCGCACCUGGCAUGAGGGCGAUUUGUUCAUCUUUGAUGACAGCUUCGAGCACGAGGUCUGGCACAAUGGCACGCAGCUACGUUUGGUCCUGAUCCUGGACCUCUGGCAUCCCGACUUAACUGCCCAGCAGCGAAGCCAACUGACGCCCAUUUAACCGCUAACUAACUUAAUAACUAACUCUUGUUAAUAUUUUUAACCAAAAGCAACCAAAGUCAAUGCACGCUCACUCACUCUAGUUAUUUUGUUACAUACUUCACAUAGAUUUAUUUGUACAUCUUAUCUGAUAAGUUUACUUUGUACGAAUGCGCGUUUAGCUGUAAAACACAAAUGUCUAAUGUCUAAGUCUAAAAACUUAAUGUCUGCUUGGUUGGCAGCGUCUUUUUACUGUUAAGUUAAAAAAACAAUUUAUAAAAUACA